GAUCUCAAUCUCUCAAUCUCAAUCUCAAUCUCUUCCUCUCUCUUCCUCCUCUCUCAUCUCCUCAAACCCAUCUCAACCAUGACGGAGAAAGAGAUCUGUGUGAGAGUUACGAGAGCCGCGGCGAAGAGAAAAGCUUCUCUUUGUGUAGAUGAAGAUCGGGUCAACAAGAAGAGAGUUGUCCUUGGCGAGCUUCUUAAUGUCUCCAAUGUCAAUGUCUUGGCUAAUCUCAGUCAGAUUAGAGAAACCCAGAAGCCAAAAAAGAGUCUUAAAGCUCCGGUGAAGCAGAUUAAGACAGCUCCGGUGGUUAUUGACCUAGAAUCAUCACAAUCUGACAUUGAUUCAAGAUCUGAUGAUCCUCAAAUGUGUGGUCCUUAUGUCGGAGACAUCUACCAGUAUCUUCGUGACUUGGAGAUGAAGCCAAAGCAAAGACCUUUACCUGAUUAUAUAGAAAAGGUUCAGAAAGAUGUGACAGCAAGCAUGAGAGGGGUUUUGGUGGAUUGGUUAGUUGAAGUUGCUGAAGAGUACAAACUUGGAUCUGAAACACUUUAUCUCACUGUUUCACACAUUGAUAGAUUCUUGUCUUUGAAGACUGUUAAGAAGCAAAGGCUUCAGCUUGUGGGAGUUUCUGCUAUGCUUAUUGCUUCGAAGUAUGAAGAGAUAAGUCCUCCUAAAGUUGAAGACUUUUGUUACAUUACCGAUAAUACGUUUUCGAAACAAGAUGUGGUGAAGAUGGAAGCUGAUAUACUUCUUGCGCUUCAGUUUGAAUUGGGAAGGCCUACGAUCAAUACGUUUAUGAGACGGUUCACAAGGGUUGCACAAGAAGAUUUCAAAGUUGCAAACUUGCAGCUAGAGCCUCUCUGUUGCUAUCUUUCAGAGUUGAGCAUAUUAGAUUACAAAGCUGUGAAGUUUUUGCCAUCUAUGUUGGCUGCUUCUGCUGUUUUUCUCGCUCGAUUCAUCAUCCGUCCCAAACAACAUCCUUGGAACCAAAUGCUAGAAGAUUACACAAAGUACAAAGCGGCUGAUCUACAAGUGUGUGUUGGAAUCAUACAUGACUUGUAUCUGAGCAGAAGAGGAGGAGCUUUACAAGCUAUUAGGGAGAAAUACAAGCACCAUAAGUUUCAAUCCGUUGCGACCAUGCCUGUAUCACCAGAGCUGCCAGUUACCUUUUGGGAGGAUGUUACCAUUUGAUCUGAACCAAUCUUUCUGUCGUUGGCUAAUGUUACUGAGCUUGAUUACCAAAUCUUGUGUCAAGUAGUAUAAGGCACAAAGAUCAACAAGUGAAGCUAGAUGAGUAAGAACUAUAGAAGUGAAGGCAGAAGCAAAUAAGUUUGUGUUAUAUGAAGAUGUUGUGAUGUGUUAUUCAAAUCUCAUUUUGUUUAGUAUGUAACUCAGAAUAAUUUUAUACAAUUAUGCAAUAUGAUAUGCAUAUUUAUGUGACAUAAUUUUAUACGUUUGCCUUAA